UAUCCAGGCAUUAGGCAUACUGCAGGCAGCUUCACGGGAGUGUACAACAAUUUACAAAGGAUAUGAAAUUUUCAAACAUGUCGGUUCUGCAGCCUGUGAAAAAAAGCUUGUCUACACUAGGGCAGAAAUAUUUUAGUUCCAGCAGUUGCCUUGGGGCAGACCAACAUUUCAGACUUGUAGUGGUUGGCGGUGGAUCCGGGGGAUGCGCAACAGCCGCGAAGUUUUCCAGGAAACUGGGAACAGGAAAGGUAGCUGUGAUAGAUCCUGCCACAAUGCAUUACUACCAACCUAUGUGGACUUUGGUAGGGGGAGGAUUAAAGACCUUGGAACAAUCUGGAAAAUCAAUGGAGUCAGUUCUUCCAAGCUCAGCUACUUGGAUCAAAGAGAAGGUGACAGGUUUCCAACCCGAGGAGAAUUAUGUCACAACAGAGAGUGGGGAUAAAAUCUCCUACGAUUUCCUAGUGGUAGCUGCAGGACUUCAGCUCAGGUAGGAGGAGAUCAACCCUUUAUCUGGAAU